CGGCCCAGGCGGUCUGUGUGCCCGGCGGCCCGUGGGCUAGGCAGUGGCCGGGGCGGGAGCUGCAGGGAGGCCUGGUUCCCCGUAUGACCCCUGCGGAGCCCAGACAGGGGGGCCAGGCUGGGCUUCUUCCCACAGCCCUGUCCCGCCCAUGCCCCGUCCUGCAAGCGAAUUCCUCCCAGCAGUGGGGUUGGCGGCUCCAAGCAGGCGGUGAGAAGGGAUGGGAAGAAGGAUCUGUGUCUUUAUGCUGCCUGGGCUGUCAGAGGCAAAGAUCACCAAGCGUAAGAAAAGCUGCCCAGUGGUUGGCCGGGGUUAGCCCUAGAGAACAUACAGAGCUUGCUGAGCAUACAAGCGUCUGUUACCUUUUGAAAUGUACAGCGGGAACUCAUUUGUGUGUGUGUUUAGCUGCUUUGGCCUUGUAAAUACCUAUCUUGUUUCCUUGUCCUACAUAAUAAAUCUUGAGAUGGAUUAUUACAGGACUGGCUACAAGCGUUGUCUUUGGGGUGAGAUCUGCCCUGCAAUGGGGGGGGGGGUGCUAAGUGACUCGCCUUGACCCGAAUAUUGCUGAUUCUUGGUGAGCGAGGAGGGAGCAGUGGGCCUGCUGGGGAGCUGUCUGUGCAGAGCGUGGCCCAGAAGAGGAGGUGUCAGACAUGCCUGAGGAGCCUGAGCCACAGCCUGGUUGGUGGCUGGCCCUGGUGUGUCUCUGCUCUUAGCCUGGUCUCCACCUGGCCGCCGGGAUGUCUGCCUUGGACAGAGUGGUCGUGGUGCUUGGAGGGGCUGGCACGGUGGGAUCCGGGAUAGUGAAGUCACUGUUGGAGAGAGGUUUCCGAGUCGCUGUUGUCUCCCGCGAUGGAAGCAGGCUGGAGAAACUGAAAAGCUUUGUGCCAGCGCCGACCCGUGACCGUCUGCACACGCUCAUCGGGGACGUGGGGUCCGAGGAGGGAGCGGAAGCCACCAAGGAAGCCCUGCUGAAGAGUGUUGGGAAGGUCACGGACGUGGUGUCAUCACUGGGCUUCAGCUGGUGGCAGGGAGGGCCCCCCCACACUCAGACACUGCAGGAGCUUCACCGGGUCCUGGAAACGCUGCUGCUGAGCACCUUUACGUCCUGGAAAGCAUUCUUCCCUCUGGUCCAGGAGAACCCCAGCGGCUCCUACACCUUCAUCACUGGAGGGGCUGGUGAGCGUCUGCUCAUGCCAGGCACAGGGUUCCUGACGCUGGGGGCUGCGGGCACACUGGCCUUCUGCCAGGUGGUCCGGGAGGAGUAUCCAGACGUGCCCUGCAAGCUGAAUGAGGUGAAGAUUGACAUGGGGGUGGCGACCCCGGAGCGUUUGCGCCCCAGCUACGUGAGUCACCUGGAGGUGGGCGAGGCAGUGGCCUCCCUGGUCGAGAAGGGGAGCGUCUCCCACGCCGUGCUGUGCGCCCGCUCGCCAGCAGACCUGAAGACCCUGACCCUAGAAGGGAAGAUCUGAGGCCUUUGCUAAGCCCUCUCAAGCUGUGUCCACUUCUAGUUCCCCCCCCUACUCCCUUGUACAGGGCUUCUGGGUACAUCUGCCCCAUGCUCCGGUCCCCGGCCAGGAUGGGUGAGCUCAGCUGGGACUUGACUCUGAGCGGCAGCUGCCUUGCCAGCCCUGGAGCCACCAGCACAGACAGCAUUGCGUCAUUCUGUGCUCUUAUUCACCACCUAGCAAGAGCAGCUGAUGCCUCCUUUCCCUGCUGGGGACCUAGGAUCCUCUCCUCUCUAAGCUCCAUUCUCUCCUCCCUGGCCCAGCAGCGGAGGGGAGGAAUGGGCAGUUGCUCUGGCUGGCACCUCUGCUCCUAAGCCCUGGCCGGAAUUCAGGCUGGGGCAGCAGGCAGUUCUGUGAGGAGCAGCCAUGGCCCCAGAGGAGGGGGAAGCCAGCCCCAAGCACCCUGCUUGCCCUGAGGUCCCUAGCAGCCAUAGGGCAAGCCCCACAUUUCAGCUCCUUCUCCAGCCAGUUGCCUGGUGAGUCGUGCCGAGCUGGGCAGGUCCAUCCUUCCAGCCAUCGAGCGGCCUGCCCUCCACAGCCUGCCCUACAUUCCCUCCACCUCUCAGAGGCUGCGAUUUUAUCAGGCCUCUUCCAUGCUGCUCUCUCCUCCGCACGCCCAUCCCAGCUGUUGCAAACGAGCAGCUGGGCCCCUUGCUCAGUGUCCCAUCCCUAGAGCAGGGGAGCUCAGGGUGCUCGCGAACCGUGCAGCCUUGGGCCCCGGACCCUGUUGUUGGUUUCUCAAUCACAGCGAAGCUCUGAAAAGUCAUGUGCUCCAGUUGGCACCAGGCCUCCUGCCCAGCCUCAAGGCUGGGCACCUUGUCUGCCUACCUCCGCCUGGCGCUUUGCUCCCAGUAGAUGUCUCAUGGUUUUGCAUGUUUGAAUAAACAUUAUUUGUACCAA